AUGGUAUCCCUGGCCAGUUUCGUGUUGAGAGCGGCCGUGGGGCUCGCGCCGUUUGCCUCGCUGUCGACGGCCGGCCUGCUGCGGGGAGAGGUUGUUGAGAGGGACGAGCAGGCGCACCGGCCGGAGCGGGCGGCGUUCCGCGAUGCCGUCACCACGCACUACGUGCCCAUGCGGAGCCACGUGGCGGCCAAGCCGCAAGGCGGCGCCAGGCUGCGGCGCCGGUCAAACGCCCCGGCCAACCUCACCAACGUGCACGACAUCUACUACAUCAUCGAUCUGCUGGUCGGCAACCAGACCAUCCCCGUCAGCGUCGACACGGGGUCCAGCGACACCUGGAUGGUGCAGCAUCCGUACCAGUGCGUCUCGUACUUCUGGACGCCCGGCGGGACGCAGCCAGACUGCGGGCUCGGCGACGGGUUCGCCGGCAACCUGUCGGGCGGCAACAUCCCCGACGUCAUCUUCGGGCGCAGCUACACGGACGGCACGUUCGUGCAGGGCUUCUUCGGGUACGAGAACGUGAGCAUCGGGGGGCUGACGGCGGCGCACCAGCGUGUGGCCAUCGUCAACCUGACGUACUGGUACGGCGACGGGCGCACGUCGGGGCUGCUGGGCCUCGGCUACCCCUUCAUGACGAGCCUCAACGGCGCGUCGCAGGAGCAGCCCAUUGCCGAGACGUCCUUCCUCGCCCUCGGCGGCCUGCCGCCCGUCAGCUACGACGCCGGCACCUGGGCCCGCACCCCCAUCAAGCCCGUGUCCGCCAUGAUCGACCAAUGGGGCAUCGACUCGCCCGAGCAGGGCCUGUACAUCAUCGACGCCGAGGCCUACGUCUACGGCAUCACCAACAAGACCGCCGGGGUCGCUAACAACACGGCCGCCGUUGGCGCCGACGGCCUGUCGAAAAACGCAACGCAGUUUCCCAUCAUCGUCGACGUCGGAUCGACCCUGACGGUCCUGCCCAAGAAACUCUGUGAGGACGUGUACAACGCGUUCAGCCCGCCAGCCGAGUACCUGCACACGACGGGGCUGUUCUACGCGCUGUGCAACGCGACGGUGCCCGAGUUCGGCGUGCAGAUCGGCGGGCAGACGUUUUUCGUGGCUGCGCAGGACCUGCUGCGCCAGACGGCGCGCGACCCGUCGGGCGACUACUGCCGCGUCGGCGUCACCGACGACGACUCGGGGCCGUGGGUGCUCGGCGUCACGUUCCUGAACAACGUCGUCGCCGUGUUCGAUGUCGGCAACCGCGAGAUGCGCUUCGCUGCGCGGCAGAAGUAUUAG